CCCGAGACCUUCCUAAGAUGACACAUUUCAGAGUCUUCCUCGGCGCGCCAUCCGUCAGUGAUCUCAAAAAACAUUCAGCUGUUUCGUACACCUGGAAGACUAUCGAGCAUUCUUCAGCAGAGGCCUCCCAAGCACUACUAUAUCCUCCUACAACAUCGGAGGCUGCAAGCAGACGAAUAUCUCUGCUCUACCAGAACAUUAUAUUCGACGACUGUGAUGAAGAAGCCCUUGAUCAGGAGCGUGUUGACCCGAGCGCAUGGCCUGAAGGAAGCCAGGCUUUGAUGAAUGAGCAGACGACGGUGAUAACCUGGCCUCCAACCCCUGUUGCAGACACCGUUGAUGUACCUUCCUUCCUGCGCGUAUCGCAGUCCCAGUCCCAGUCUCAGCUUGCAAUGGAUCAAACACAGGAAACCACCUUUGUGUCUUACUCCGACGCGUCCUCUAUAGCUCGCUUCCCGCAUUUUCAGAUUAGCCUUCAUAAGGUCUCAUCUCUUGCAUCCCUCUACAACGAAAGAAUUGCCAGAGGGAGAAAAGUGAAUAUAUUACUCGCUACGCUAGAGGUGGAAGGCCCUGAUACAGUGUGUGUGAAGAAAGGCCCAGACGCAGGGAAAGAAGUUUCUGUUCUCAAAAUGAUUCUGGGUGAUGAAGAUGGAUCAGUAUGCAAGCUCACCGCGUGGCGUGAUGUUGCAGAGGCUUGGGGUGCACUGGGCGUCAAGCGUGGAGAUAUAAUUUAUCUAGAGAGUGCGUAUCGUAUCACCCUUGGGAUCGCAUUGCAUGGACCCACGUUACUUCACAUCACAGACCUCGCACCAACGUGCGAGCCAGGCAGCUCGAUCACCCUUACCGCUUCUCCAUAUAACAAGCCCACCGCGGAGAUUUGCUUUCGCACCAUGCCUUACACACGCGAGGAUAAUCGUCUCCGGCCGGACCUCCGGCUCGGGAAAAGUGACGCCGCCGUCAAGAAGGUCGCUGCACUGACCCAGUGGUUCGAGCGGAUGGCCGGGUUGGCGGUUAGUUAGUUGAGCACAUGCCCAGCUUGACAGCAUCGCUGUGGCUAUUCCACAUUUGACGUCGAUGACUCAUAGUCUUAGACGUAGCCACUACAAAGCCACUAGACCUUCGCUGUGGCGCAAGUUACCGGUUGCACUGGCAUCAUUGUCGCCGGCCCACCGGCCGCGGAUCUCGAUCGAAGAUGUUACUCGGUAAUUAUGCAUGCAGGCUUGCUAGCCCGCAGCUGCACGCAAGUGUUCUUUCAUUCAUAUGUAUGCAUACACAGCCAUCAAGCACCCAU